AUGCUGCAUCUCAGAAUGGACAUGUGGAGGUGGUGGACAAGUUAUUACAACAUGGAGCCACAGUAGAUCUUAAACAAAAGGACGGGCGGAGUUCACUGAUGACUGCAUCUCUGAAUGGACAUGUGGAGGUGGUGGACAAGUUAUUACAACAUGGAGCCACAGUAGAUCUUAAAGAAAAGGAUGGGUGGAGUUCACUGAUGACUGCAUCUCAGAAUGGACAUGUGGAGGUGGUGGACAAGUUAUUACAACAUGGAGCCACAGUAGAUCUUAAAGAAAAGGUAUAUAUCAAUUGCAAAACACUGUUGAAAAUAAUGUGUAAAUUUAAGUGACCACAUGAGAAAGGUUAAUCAUGUCUACUCAAUGCAAAAGUACGAUUUCGGUAGCAUGGUAUCAUGUUAGUAUAAUACUCUCUAUAAAACCACCUAGAUGAUAAAACUACGAUUCAGAUUGGCUUAUCAUGGAUACUGAAUCUAAACCGUUUUUUGCCAAAUUCAUUACCUACUACUCUGUGUGUCACGUCAGGACGGGCGGAGUUCACUGAUGACUGCAUCUCAGAAUGGACAUGUGGAGGUGGUGGACAAGUUAUUACAACAUGGAGCCACAGUAGAUCUGAAAGAAAAGGACGGGUGGAGUUCACUGAUGACUGCAUCUCAGAAUGGACAUGUGGAGGUGGUGGACAAGUUAUUACAACAUGGAGCCACAGUAGACCUGCAAACAGAGAAUGGGUGGAGUUCACUGAUGGCUGCAUCUCAGGAGGGACAUGUGGAGGUGGUGGACAAGUUAUUACAACAUGGAGCCACAGUAGACCUGCAGGAUAAGGGUGACAAUACAGCACUGACACAUGCCUGUCGAGGAAAUGAUUUUACUACCGUUUCUAUCCUUCUGAGCGCUGGUGCCCAUCCAAAUGUCUGCAAUAAGGCUGGUCAGACCCCACUAUUGCUGGCAGUACGGAAGAAUAAUAUGGCAAUUGUCAGGGAGUUAGUGAAUGCAAGAGUGGACGUAGACCACAUGUACCAGAAUGGACUUUCUUCUCUGAUGCUGUGUUGUGUAGAAGGGAACUCAGAGAUGGCAAACCUACUACUUGAAGCUCAAGCUGAUACUGACCUUCAGCAAUCAAGUACUGGAUACACAGCUCUGAUGUUUGCCUGCAAGGGAGGUCAUCUGGAUACAGUAAUAGGUCACAUGGAACACGGAGCAAAUUCAGCGAUUAAAAAUCAAGAAGGUAUGACAGCAUCGGAUGUGGCAUCAGUGAAUGAAUUUCCAGAUCUCUGUGCUGUUAUUAAUCUAAUGGGACCACCACCUACUGUCAUGCAGGAUGAGAUCAUUGAGCAUCCUGACACUCCUCUGAUGAAAGAAGCAGUUGAUGAGGUUAUCAAAAGAUUUCAUGCUCAGAUGGAUCAUGUUCCAGUAAUAUCAAUCUACGAUAGCGACAAACAAGUGGCACUCAGAGUUCCAAAACAACAUUUCAAACGUCAUAUUAAACUUUUCAACCUAAACUAGUAGUGAAUUGUCAAGUAUCACUGUUUAGUCUCCUUUACUUGCUGUCGUUAUUAUGUAAUAAUUGGUGUGAGCUAUAUCAGACCAUUGGUAUAAUGUUUAAGGAUGGCACGGGUCUAAUUAAUAUGCUCAUGCAUGACUCUGUGCAGAGUUUUAUCUCUACGUCUUACCUGGUUUUGAGAUAU